AUGCUGCCACCAAGCCUUGUUAGUACGUACCAACAGUACAAGAAUGACACGGAUUCUAUUGCUGGUUGGCUUGCUUCUACGGCAAAGGCUACCGGCUAUGUGUCCGACCCCUUAACUCAGCAGCCACCUAAGGUCUCAAGUACACGACUGAAAGGUAAGGCGAGGGCUGAAGCUAAGAAAAAGGAAGCUUCCUCAUCUAGCAAACCGGCCCCAGUCAACAAAUACAUUAUCAAGAUCAAGGACUUUAUACCCCUAGCAGAGUUUAUAGCUUCUAAGCACGACAUAUCUAUUCCGAAUUCGCUCAUCACUACCCUGCAUCGAGUUAUCAUUGCUCGUGGGGGGUUUAGUAGCAUGCUUGCCGAGAAAGGGACCGUCGCAGAUGAGAUAUCGGAUGUCAAACACGGCUAUUUUGUAGGCGUCCUUGAGAAGGUACAAGAGAUUCUGAAACUGAAACCGCAAACGAACACCACAUCAACUGGUUCCACUGGUUCCUCCCCUAAAGCUUCUAAGGAUAAAUCUCGCGCGGGGACUACUGAAGAUGAGUUCUCUAACCAAUUCGCUGGCUUAGAGGUGUACGAGCCCUCGGAAGAUUUCCUCAAUGCACCUGACAUCGAACGACCAAAGGUCCGCGAAGGCGAUAAUGUAACAUACGAAGCAGAGCCACCUUCGUCCCUUGAAGAUCUCUACGUCGCCGUAACACUGCUGAUUAACGAUAUCAACAAUAUUCGAUCUCGCAUCGAAUGGAUAUGGACCAACUAUCGAGAUGGGUUUUUUGAGUUGGCUGCCUGUGCGGUUACCACUAACACCGCUAUUGACCUAGCGCGGAAGCUCAUGGAAGACGUAGUACCGAUGUUCAAAGAUCAUGGUGGGUUAUGGGGGGUACUAAAUCAGUUUCAUAUCGCCCAAGCGAUGAUGAAGGGGUACGAACCUUUUAACUACUCGCUCAAUGGUGCCGAUAACUUCAACUACGACACGUACGACAUUGCGAAUGAGACCUACAUCUUAACCUACAGAAUCCUAGAUGCAUUCACUAGGGUAGUACAACCUCGAGCCAUUCCACUGUACAAGGAAGGGAUUUUGGUUACUACGACCCUCGAAGCGCUCGAGAUUCCAAAGCUCAUGGCAGUGGAACGGGGGGUCGGCGACUAUCCAGUUGAAGACGAAUUCUUGCGUGGAAUCAAGGAGCUAGCCAAGACUAAAGAAGUGCCAUUUUAUCUUGUUUUUGCCGCCCAGAUCUUUCUUGAUAUUCACUAUAUCCUUCGUGGAAAUGUUAGUCGAGGGUUUGAGACACUUCAAAUGAACCUUCAUUUCUUGGAUCGAGAAAUUGAGGAGCAUUUCGAAUUUCAUAAGAACUUGAAGAUUGAUAACUGGCCCACCAGCCACAACCAGAUGAUACGACACGUUCAAGCAAAAAUACAGUACAUACUAGAAGACCCCGUAUGCAAGGCCAAGACUCAAGCGUACCGAGAACUUCGCGAGCCCGUCCCAGUGUCCAUGGAACCCAAUAGAAUGUUAAAAAUGUCACCGGUUCUCAGCGGCCUUUUACUCUACCAUUUUCGCUCGUCUACAUGGGAGAUCGGUAUCAGGCUCGCAGAUGCUUGGGGGUCCAUCACUUACUCAUUGCAUCUGUACAAUGCCCUGCAGAGCGAAAAGCUAAUACCAAACUGCUGGCAAGAUAUGGACUUGGUAUGGGCGGUACUCGGUGAUAAAUUUUUCGUCGGAGACGCGCCAAAAGCUGCAGAAGAUUACUUCAAGAAGUUCUCCCUCCAAAUGGGUACGACGGCAGCAGCGUUUACCAGUAAACGCCGAAAGAACACGGGGUUGACCUCCCGGGCGGGGCCUCGAGGGAUCAAAGAUGGCAUACCCGUCUCCUCUAUGUUCAUGAACCGGUACCGACAUGGUACGGGACAGGUCGACUGGACGGCUGAACACAUUGCUAAAAUCGUCGACCUUAGUUUGUGGGAGACAGAAGGUUUAGAGGAAGAGGGCACUUUGAUGCUAGGACAAGUCGAUACCAAGAAGUUGAAACGGAAACCUAAAUCAAUCAAGGUUAACAAGUUCUCGGAAUUGCCGCCAGAACAACUCAUCAGAGCCUUAAUGUUCGCAUUGCAAGGUGAGGCUCUCGAGUUAGCUCUCCCUUACACCGCAAUGCACCGUGAAUGCUGGGAACUUUUACGAGCCGUACGGAAGCAUUGUGAUCCUCUUCUUCGACAGAUGUUCACUUCCAAGUAUAUGGAGCGGGAAACAGAGCUUCCUUUUGUAGUGGGUUGGAUAUUCACCGCUCUUUGGGAAGGACAAGACACGAAGCUUCUAGCAGAAGCCGGGGUUGCCGUUACUGAGUUCAUCCGAUCGGAUGGCAAUACGGUUCUAGGCUUGCUAGAAACGGACCCCUUUCAUUUCGAUCGCUAG